AAUAUCGCGUGAGAAAAUUAUCAUUAAGUGAAACGCUCGAAUGAAACUCCAUUCGUAAUAACCGCGGAAAAGGAACAUUCCCAUUCACCUGUAAGAUGAAAAAGAAGUUCCAUGGUUUCGUUAUUAUGUUUCACUUUCGAUCUUCGUCUUUCACUUCGUAAUUGGGUGCAUCGAGUCACGUGGUAGUCUUGACGUAAUGGCAGAAGUGGAGCAAAAUUUAAAAGAAAUGGCGAUCCUCUACUUAAGAUCCUUCUUCAUAUUCAUUACCACGGUUGAUUUUUUUUUGGACAGGCAGAUGAAAUUAAACCUCUUGACAGAAUGACCGGCAUGUGGAAAGUGACCAUAGGAGUAAUCUGCCUGUUUUUUGUUUUUGGGGAUGUUCUAGCAACACGACAAAAAAGGCAAAAAGAUGAGGAUUAUGAGAGAGAAAUUAAUAAAAUUCUGGAAAAUCCGGAGCAUCCCAAUUAUGUUGAAGCUAGUUGGAAUUAUACUGAUUACUCAUUAGCCAAAAGUACUGAACAGAUGAUGAAAAAACUAAUGCCCAUGGUAAUUCGAAGUAGCUCUAGUGUAGAUCUCUCUGGACCAUGCAUGUCAGCCUUGUUCAAAUUGAUGCAAGGUUUGAGGAAAGGAAAACUAUGGGCUUUCAAAAUGGUUGAUGCUUGGGGUAAGCCAGGAGCUGGAAUGUUCGAAGGAAACCUUGGUCACAUUGGGGACUAUGACGAAUGUAUCAACUUAGAAAUGCCAGACAUGAAAGACCCGGAUGGAAAUGAACAGAGAGGAAUGUACUGUCUAUCCACCUUUGUACCUCUUCUUCCCAAAAAACCGCAACUUUAUACUCUCUUCCACAAAAUUCAUGAAUUGGAACCGAUUGUGAGGAAAAAUACUAGUUUCGGCUACAAUGCCCAGAAUGCACAUUGGUUUUAUUUCUUGGAACUAAGAAUGGGCCUAUGCAUGCCGAGCGCAUGCACAAAAGACGAUGUAUUGAGCAUUGCUGAGCAAAUACCCAAGCACAUGAAUAUCAAAGGAACAGUAAAAAUGCCCACUUGUGAAACUAAACAGCCUUUUACUUUAAGCAAUGAGCAGAUGGCAGUAGUAGCUGUUAUAGCACUAUUUCUUGUGUUAAUGAUUAUUGGAACAACUUUAGAUGUUAUCACGAUUUUGCGCCAAGGAAAUGAUCCUGAACCUUUAUCAGUUACAAAAAAAACUUAUUACAAAGCCCUGGUAUGCUUCUCGGUCUACACAAAUUACUUGAAGCUGAUCAACGUCGACCAAAAAGAAGACAGCAAGCAUUUGGCAGCAGUGAAUGGCGUUCGAUACAUAACUGUUACCUGGGUUAUUGUUGGACACUCCUACCUCUAUGCUGAUUACAAUCAAAUGAAUCAAGCAAUGCGACUGUCAGGUUUGCCACCAAAUUUCGCCUUCCAGAUUAUUGCCAAUGCCAUGCUUACAGUGGAUACUUUCAUAAUGAUGAGCGGGAUGCUCGUUACAUAUGGUGUUCUAAAGUCACAAGAAAAAAGAAAAGGCCUUAAUAUACCCAUGUACAUAUUUCAUCGCUUUUGGAGGUUGACUCCCCCAUAUGCAAUGACCAUUGGAUUUCUUAUUUUAAGUCCUGUUCUUGGCUCAGGGCCAGUUUGGAAAGUUACUCUCGAUCCUCUUAUUGCCAAUUGUAGAGCGAAUUGGUGGACAAAUCUUCUCUACGUGAACAACUACGUCAAUACUUAUGAUUUUUGUUUGGAACAUACUUGGUAUCUAGGAGUGGACAUGCAAUUACAUAUUUUGGGUCUCUGUGUACUUUUGCCAUUGAUAAGAUGGCCAAAACUUGCAGCAGUAGUUGGUGUUGUGCUGACAGUUGGAAUGUGUGCAAUUGCAGCGAUUGUCAAUCUUAUUCACGAUUUACCACCAAGCCCACUCGGACUUUUCCCUGAUCCAGAUGAUCGAAUCUACGUAGAGGUACCAAAUUAUUUCAAGCCUUAUGGUCACGCAGCUCCAUACUUUGUUGGAAUGUUAUUAGGAUAUAUCCUCAUCAAGAAACCUAAGAUUGUUAUUCCUAGAUCUCUAAGAAUACUUGGUUGGCUCUUCUUUACCGCUUUGCAACUCUUCAUAGUGUAUAUUGCCUACCCUUGGAACAAUGAAAAUGUUCCAGGACCAACUAUUUCAGCCUUAUAUGCAGGAACCUCCAAACUCGUUUGGUCUUUAGGAAUAUUUUGGAUGUUAUUUACUUGCUGCACUGGAAAUGGGGGUAUCGUAAAUGAUAUACUUUCAUGGAAGUUCUGGACUCCAAUGGCUCGACUCUCAUAUGUUUUCUACCUCGUUCACCCAUUAGUCAUCUGGGUUCAUGAAGCUUUUGGACAUUCCAACAUGUAUACUAGUCACUACUUCUGGGUAUAUAACAUUCUAGGACAUUACAUGAUAUCCAUGGUGCUUUCACUUGCAAUAAGUUUAACGUUUGAAGCCCCCUUCUUGGCGAUGGAGAAGAUUCUAUUUGGCAGAGGUGGCGGUGACCAUGGCGACAGUGCGAAGAGAAACGGCCAUUCUAGAAAUGGUACAUUGAAAAACGGUUCUGCCCUUCCCUCCUAUGAUUCUGAGAUGCGGCCCCAUACAUUCACAGCACCUUCUAAAUCACAUUAUACAGAAAACCACAGUAAUGGCUAUAGAAAUGGUGGUGAUGGUUUAUACAGACCAACCAGAGAGAAUGGACACUAUAAGAGUAAUGGCCACGAAAAUGGGGCAUUUUGUCGCCUCUAAUCGAAUUUGGAUCAAAAACGAACUUUUCACUUAAACGUCCAUUUUCUUUUAUUUCUUAUAAUCAUAUUACAUGAAUGUUAUGUGUUUUACAAGAAUUGUAUAUUUUUUUCACUUUAUAAGCUUUUUUUUCAGAAAAGAUAGUGCACGUAUUCCAUAUUUGAAAACGUGUCUAACAUUCACAUUUAGUGUCCAUAUUUGGAAAUUUGGCAUAGCUAUGCCGAAGAACUUAUCUAUCGACCAUAUUACCUGGACAUACGAUGAAUUGUCUAUGGUCUGUCAACAUUAUCGCUCUAGAGCAGUUAACAAUUUAAAUUAUUGUUGACGAAUAUAUUAAGAAUAUUGUUCACAAUAUUUCAAAAGUCACAAAUAACGUCACCCUGACAAAAUUUUUAUAUAUUGUGGUCAAAGCAAUUAACUAGUUUAAUGAUGCAGCAGAUCUCAUUUUACGGUUCAGCGCUUGAUAGGAAAUAAUAGGUCAAGGAAAAAAUAUACAUCAUAGUUUGAUAUUGUUUUAUGCUAUUAUAUUUUGUUAUUGAUAUUGAAAAAAUGAUAGAUCAAAGAAGAAGAUAGACAUCAUAGUUUGAUAUUGUUUUAUGCUAUUAUUUUUUGUUAUUGAUAUGAAAGAUCAAAAGAGAAAAUAGACAUCAUAGUUUGAUAUUGUUUCAUGCUAUUAUUUUUUGUUAUUGAUACGAUAGAUCAAAGGAGAAAAUAGAUAUCAUACUUUGAUAAUGUUUUACGCUAUUAUUUUUUGUUAUUGAUAUGAUAGAUCAAGGAAGAAGAUAGACAUCAUAGUUUGAUAUUGUUUUAUGCUAUUACUUUUUGUUAUUGGUAUGAUAGAUCAAUGGAGAAAAUAGACAUCAUAGUUUGAUAUUGUUUUAUGCUAUUAUUUUUUGUUAUUGAUAUUCAUAUAAUGGUAGAUCAGAGGAGGAAAUAUACAUCAUUAUUUGAUAUUGUUUUGCGCUAUUAUUUUUUGUUAUUGAUAUAAUGAUAGAUCAAAGUAGGAAAUAUACACUCUAUAAUUUGAUAUUUUCAUUCCAUUAUUUCUUAUUAUUUACAUUUUUUAAAAAUAUAGUUUAGUAUUAAUAAUCUAAAGAAUAUUAGAAAUUAAGUUUAAAACUAAAAUUGAUAAUGUUUAGUUUUAAUGCUCAGGUUCCUGGUAAUUAUUACAAGGAUUGUUCUGGUAAUUAUUACAAAGAUUAAGUGCAUUGUUUAUAUAAUUUCAAGUAUCAGGAUAUCAACGCUAUACGAAAUAAAAUUGAAAACACCAGUGAAUAAUGUGUUAUUUAAAAAAAAUUGCUUAAUAUCAAAAUCUGUUCAAGCUGCUAAAGUUAAAGAAGCACAUUAAAGGCAUUUUAAGACAUUUUUUAAGAAACAAUAUAGUAGAAAAAAAAUUCAGCCAAUAUCCUCACACCACUUUUCCACGUAAUUUAAUUGAGAUCAAAUUUUCUAGUAGAAAAUCUACGUCAAAUUGACUGCAUUUCAUGCUUAUAUAAUUAUUUUUUCCUUCUGUUAUACUUUUAUUAACAUAAGAAAGUUAAUCUUAAUUUAAAAUGUCCU